AUGAGUGAUACGACGACUACCAUCACCGAUCACCAAGUCAUCAAAGCACUCACCAGGAACAACAACAACACUACUGCCACUACUACUGCCACUACUGCUACUGCUACUGUUACUACUACUACUCCGAUCGAUCAUCAUCAUCAUCCAAAACUACAGGAAUCCAAUAUAACACAGCAGCCGACCAUCAUCAAACCCAGCUACAGCUACAACCAUCUCAAGAAAACCACCUCAAACUUCUUCAAGCGAACCCACCACUCAUCAAUCAACCUCACCAAACCACCACCAUCAACAACAACAACAACCUCAUCAUCAUCAUCAUCAUCAACACUCUCUCAACCAAACACACCCAUCCCACCACUCACUCCACUCAACAACAACCCAACCUACUACCAACAACAACAACUCAAAAAUCAACAACAAUUCAGUAGAGUCUCACUCUGCUCUCAUAAACCCAUCAACUUGUAUCAGGAAGAAGAAGAAGAACCACAAGCACAAGCACAAGACCAAACCGAAGGCCUACUCCUCCAAGCCUCAUCCACCAAUCCCUCCCACCAUCUACUCCGGAACACGCCCUCGAACAGAUGGACCACCAAGCCCAACCAGCUCCUCAACCGACUCCGCAAGAAACGCAGUCUGCUCUCCUCAUCCAACAACAACAACAACUCUCAACUAGUAGCCGGGCCGUCCCCAAAUAAAGAACAACAUCAUCUGCUGCCCUCCCUCGGCGGCCCUCAGCACCAGCAGGACACUCCUCCGACCAAGCCCGGCCAGCACAAGAUCAUCGCCGCAGCCAAUCGGCUCGCUCAUCCGGCCUCCAAGUCGCUCUCCAACAUCAACCUCAGCUGGCUCGACUCCCAACGUCUCUCUUCCGCCUCUGCUCUCUCGACUUCUAUCAAUAGUCAUCAUCCGAAGACGACAUCCAAUGCUCCCUCGCUCGACAGAUUGAACCGCUCCUCCACCAUCUCCUCCACCAGAACAAGCACCUCAACCUUGACCACAACAACCACAGCUGUCCUCAACCGCCAGCACAUCUCCACGCCCACCGAUGGCCAUCGACCCUCGCGCGCUGAACGCGAUCACCCGCGCCCCUCCUUCCUCCUCAACCGGGCCCGCCAGACGAUCUAUUUGCCGAUCGAACCCACUUCAGACUGCACAGCUACUAUGACCACGACUAUCAACAACCCCAAUUCAGCCACCAAUCCGCUCCCUGAUCCUGCUCCUGCUCCUGCUGCUCGCUCGGCCGCCCCGACCCGGGCUGCUCCCAAUAAUCGCCACUCGCCAACCCAACUGGCCCUGAUCCAGCUCGACCAAAUCUUGCGUCACGGCCCCCCUCCUCCUCCGACGAGUUCGGAACAACACUCCAGAUCGCUCGGCCCCGCCCCCAGCCCCUCCUCUCACCUUCUCCCGAUCUCUCAACGCUCCAAAACCCCCGUCUAUGCCCUCAGUCCGCCCUCCCGUCCGGCCCGCAAACCCACGCUCCAUCAACGCACACUCUCUUCCGAACUCGAUGGCUUGCUCAUCAAACCCUCCUCCACUCCUGUCCCUUCUUCUUCUGGUCUUGUCCAGCCCGCCCAGAUCGACCCCACUCUUUCUGCUAAUAGUAGUCUUCAGUCCCAGCAAGAGGAGGCCGGGCCCCAGAAACGAAGGAACGUGCCGAUCCCGCCGCAUGUCUGGAAAGACAUCUCCAUCUCGGCCGCCUCCAACCCCGACCGGGAUGUUCCCUCUUCCGCCUUGUACUAUUGCGCCUGA